AUGACUUCUCCAGAUGCUGAGAUGGCCGCCUUUGGGGAGGCGGCUCCUUACCUCCGAAAGUCAGAAAAGGAGAGAAUUGAGGCCCAGAACAAGCCUUUUGAUGCCAAGUCAUCGGUCUUUGUGGUGCAUCCUAAGGAAUCCUUUGUGAAAGGAACAAUCCAGAGCAGGGAGUCAGGGAAGGUCACUGUCAAGACUGAAGGUGGAGAGACCCUGACUGUGAAGGAAGAUCAGAUCUUCUCCAUGAACCCUCCCAAGUACGAUAAAAUCGAGGACAUGGCCAUGAUGACCCACCUCCACGAACCCGCUGUGCUGUACAACCUCAAAGAGCGUUACGCAGCCUGGAUGAUCUACACCUACUCGGGUCUCUUCUGCGUCACUGUCAACCCCUACAAGUGGCUGCCGGUGUACAACCCGGAGGUGGUGUUGGCCUACCGAGGCAAGAAGCGCCAGGAGGCCCCUCCACACAUCUUCUCCAUCUCUGACAAUGCCUAUCAGUUCAUGCUGACUGAUCGUGAGAACCAGUCAAUCCUGAUCACCGGAGAAUCCGGUGCUGGGAAGACUGUGAACACAAAGCGUGUCAUCCAGUACUUUGCAACAAUUGCAGCGAGUGGGGAGAAGAAGAAGGAGGAACAGUCAGGCAAAAUGCAGGGAACGCUUGAGGAUCAAAUCAUCAGCGCUAACCCACUGCUGGAGGCCUUUGGAAAUGCCAAGACCGUGAGGAACGACAACUCCUCCCGCUUUGGCAAAUUCAUCAGAAUCCACUUUGGGGCCACGGGCAAACUGGCUUCUGCCGACAUUGAAACCUAUCUGCUGGAGAAGUCCAGAGUCACUUUCCAGCUCAAGGCAGAAAGAAGUUACCACAUAUUCUAUCAGAUCAUGUCCAACAAGAAGCCAGAGCUAAUUGACAUGCUCCUUAUUACCACCAACCCUUUUGAUUUCCACUACGUGAGCCAAGGUGAGGUCACUGUUCCCAGCAUUGAUGACCAGGAGGAGCUCAUGGCUACAGAUAGUGCCAUUGACAUCCUGGGCUUCACUGCUGAUGAAAAGACCGCCAUCUACAAGCUGACGGGGGCUGUCAUGCACUAUGGGAACCUGAAGUUCAAGCAGAAACAACGAGAAGAGCAGGCAGAGCCCGAUGGCACAGAAGUUGCUGACAAGGCUGCCUACCUGAUGGGUCUGAACUCAGCUGAUCUGCUCAAAGCCCUGUGUUAUCCUCGAGUCAAAGUUGGGAAUGAAUUUGUGACCAAAGGUCAAACUGUGGAGCAGGUGAACAAUUCAGUGGGUGCUUUGGCAAAGGCUGUCUAUGAGAGGAUGUUCCUGUGGAUGGUGGUUCGCAUCAACCAGCAGCUGGAUACCAAACAACCCAGACAGUACUUCAUUGGUGUCCUGGACAUUGCUGGUUUUGAGAUCUUUGAUUUCAACAGCUUUGAGCAGCUGUGCAUCAACUUCACCAAUGAGAAACUGCAACAGUUCUUCAACCACCACAUGUUCGUGCUGGAGCAGGAGGAGUACAAGAAGGAGGGAAUUGAAUGGGAGUUCAUUGACUUUGGGAUGGACCUGGCUGCCUGCAUUGAGCUCAUUGAGAAGCCCAUGGGCAUCUUCUCCAUCCUGGAAGAGGAGUGCAUGUUCCCCAAGGCAACUGACACCUCUUUCAAGAACAAGCUCUACGACCAACAUCUGGGCAAGUCCAACAACUUCCAGAAGCCCAAACCUGCCAAAGGCAAGGCUGAGGCCCACUUCUCCCUGGUGCACUAUGCUGGCACAGUGGACUACAACAUCUCUGGCUGGCUUGAGAAGAACAAGGACCCCCUGAAUGAAACUGUCAUUGGGUUGUACCAGAAAUCAUCACUGAAAACACUGGCCUUACUCUUUGCCUCCUAUGGUGGAGCAGAUGCAGAGGCUGGUGGUGGUGGCAAAAAGGGUGGCAAGAAGAAGGGUUCUUCCUUCCAGACUGUAUCAGCACUUUUCCGGGAGAAUUUAAACAAGCUGAUGGCUAACCUGAGAAGCACUCACCCCCAUUUUGUACGAUGCAUCAUCCCAAAUGAAACAAAAACACCUGGUGCUAUGGAGCAUGAGCUGGUGCUGCAUCAGCUGCGGUGCAACGGUGUGCUGGAAGGGAUCAGAAUUUGCAGGAAAGGAUUCCCCAGCAGAGUCCUGUAUGCUGAUUUCAAACAGAGAUACAGAGUUCUUAAUGCAAGUGCUAUCCCAGAGGGACAGUUCAUGGACAGCAAGAAGGCCUCAGAAAAGCUCCUUGGGUCCAUUGAUGUGGAUCACACCCAAUAUAGAUUUGGUCACACCAAGGUGUUCUUCAAAGCUGGACUGCUGGGGCUCCUGGAGGAGAUGAGAGAUGACAAGCUGGCAGAAAUCAUCACUCGCACACAAGCCAGAUGCAGGGGCUUCCUGAUGAGAGUGGAGUAUCGGAGAAUGGUGGAAAGGAGGGAGUCCAUCUUCUGCAUCCAGUACAACAUCCGUGCAUUCAUGAACGUGAAGCACUGGCCCUGGAUGAAGCUGUUCUUCAAGAUCAAGCCCUUGUUGAAGAGUGCAGAAUCUGAGAAGGAGAUGGCCAACAUGAAGGAGGAGUUUGAGAAAACCAAGGAAGAGCUUGCAAAGUCUGAGGCAAAGAGGAAGGAGCUGGAGGAGAAAAUGGUGAAACUGGUGCAGGAGAAGAAUGAUCUGCAGCUCCAAGUGCAGGCUGAAGCUGAUGCUUUAGCUGAUGCUGAGGAAAGAUGUGACCAGCUCAUCAAAACCAAAAUCCAGCUGGAGGCCAAAGUAAAGGAGGUGACUGAAAGGGCUGAGGAUGAAGAAGAAAUUAAUGCUGAGCUGACAGCCAAGAAGAGGAAACUGGAGGAUGAAUGCUCAGAGCUGAAGAAAGAUAUUGAUGACCUUGAGCUAACACUGGCCAAGGUUGAGAAGGAAAAGCAUGCCACUGAAAACAAGAGUGCCAUUGACAUCCUGGGAUUCACUGCUGAUGAGAAAACAGCCAUUUACAAGCUGACGGGGGCUGUCAUGCACUACGGGAAUCUGAAGUUCAAGCAGAAGCAGCGGGAGGAGCAGGCAGAGCCCGAUGGCACAGAAGUUGCUGACAAGGCUGCCUAUCUGAUGGGUCUGAACUCAGCAGACCUGCUCAAGGCACUGUGCUACCCCCGAGUCAAGGUUGGGAAUGAAUAUGUGACCAAGGGUCAAACCGUGCAGCAGGUGAACAAUUCAGUGGGUGCUUUGGCAAAGGCUGUCUAUGAGAAGAUGUUCUUGUGGAUGGUGGUUCGCAUCAACCAGCAGCUGGAUACGAAGCAGCCCAGACAGUACUUCAUUGGUGUGCUGGACAUUGCUGGCUUCGAGAUCUUUGAUUUCAACAGCCUGGAGCAGCUGUGCAUCAACUUCACCAAUGAGAAACUGCAACAGUUCUUCAACCACCACAUGUUCGUGCUGGAGCAGGAGGAGUACAAGAAGGAGGGGAUUGAAUGGACAUUCAUUGACUUUGGGAUGGACCUGGCUGCCUGCAUUGAGCUCAUUGAGAAGCCCAUGGGCAUCUUCUCCAUCCUGGAAGAGGAGUGCAUGUUCCCCAAGGCAACUGACACCUCUUUCAAGAACAAGCUCUAUGACCAGCAUCUGGGCAAGUCUGGAAACUUCCAGAAGCCCAAGCCUGCCAAAGGCAAGGCUGAGGCCCACUUCUCCCUGGUGCACUAUGCUGGCACAGUGGACUACAACAUCUCUGGCUGGCUUGAGAAGAACAAGGACCCCCUGAAUGAAACUGUCAUUGGGUUGUACCAGAAAUCAUCGGUGAAGACACUGGCCUUACUCUUUGCCUCCUAUGGUGGAGCAGAAACAGGUGCCAUGGAGCAUGAACUGGUACUUCACCAGCUGCGGUGUAACGGAGUGCUGGAAGGGAUCCGAAUUUGCAGGAAAGGUUUCCCCAGCAGAGUUCUCUAUGCUGACUUCAAACAGAGAUACAAAGUGCUAAAUGCCAGUGCCAUCCCAGAAGGACAGUUCAUUGAUAGCAAGAAGGCUUCUGAGAAGCUUCUUGGGUCAAUCGAUGUGGACCACACCCAGUACAAAUUUGGCCACACCAAGGUGUUCUUCAAAGCUGGGCUGCUGGGACUCCUGGAGGAGAUGAGGGAUGAGAAGCUGGCACAGCUCAUCACUCGCACCCAGGCCAGGUGCAGGGGCUUCCUGAUGAGAGUCGAAUACCAGAGAAUGGUGCAGAGGAGCACUAGUCUCGAAGCCCCCAAGGUGGCCAACUGCCCUCUUGUGAAAAUUGUCUCUGCUCUACGUUCUAACCGGGAGCUCUGCUUAUCUCCUGCCAGGAAGAAGCUGGCACAGCGCCUGCAGGAUGCAGAGGAACACGUUGAGGCUGUGAAUGCCAAAUGUGCCUCCCUGGAAAAGACCAAGCAGAGGCUGCAGAAUGAAGUGGAGGACCUGAUGAUCGACGUGGAGAGAUCUAAUGCUGCCUGCGCAGCUCUGGAUAAGAAGCAGAAGAACUUUGACAAGAUCCUGGCAGAAUGGAAGCAGAAGUAUGAGGAAACGCAGGCUGAGCUGGAAGCCUCCCAGAAGGAGUCUCGCUCUCUCAGCACGGAGCUCUUUAAGAUGAAGAAUGCCUAUGAGGAGUCCUUGGACCACCUGGAAACGCUGAAGCGGGAGAACAAGAACUUGCAGCAGGAGAUUUCUGACCUCACGGAGCAGAUUGCAGAGGGGGGAAAGGUGAUUCAUGAGCUGGAGAAAGUCAAGAAGCAGAUCGAGCAGGAGAAAUCUGAAAUCCAGGCUGCUCUAGAGGAAGCUGAGGCCUCCCUGGAACAUGAAGAGGGCAAGAUCCUGCGCCUCCAGCUUGAGCUCAACCAGGUGAAAUCUGAGAUUGACAGGAAGAUCGCAGAGAAAGAUGAGGAGAUUGACCAGAUGAAGAGAAACCACCUCAGAAUCGUGGAGUCCAUGCAGAGCACCCUGGAUGCUGAGAUCAGGAGCAGGAACGAAGCCCUGCGGCUGAAGAAGAAGAUGGAGGGAGACCUGAAUGAAAUGGAGAUCCAGCUGAGCCAUGCCAACCGCGUGGCUGCAGAGGCACAGAAGAACCUGAGAAACACGCAGGCAGUGCUCAAGGAUACCCAGAUACACUUGGACGACGCUCUCAGGACACAGGAGGACCUGAAAGAGCAGGUGGCCAUGGUGGAGCGCAGAGCAAACCUGCUGCAGGCUGAAAUUGAGGAGCUACGGGCAGCCCUGGAGCAGACGGAGCGCUCGAGGAAGGUGGCUGAGCAGGAACUGAUGGAUGCGACUGAGAGAGUUCAGCUCCUCCACACUCAGAACACCAGCUUGAUCAACACCAAGAAGAAGCUGGAAACAGACAUCGCCCAAAUUCAGGGUGAAAUGGAGGAUACGAUCCAGGAAGCCCGCAAUGCUGAAGAGAAGGCCAAGAAGGCCAUCACAGAUGCAGCCAUGAUGGCCGAAGAGCUGAAGAAGGAGCAGGACACCAGUGCCCACCUGGAGAGGAUGAAGAAGAACCUGGACCAGACGGUGAAGGACCUGCAGCACCGUCUGGAUGAGGCCGAGCAGUUGGCACUGAAGGGAGGCAAGAAGCAAAUCCAGAAGCUGGAGGCCAGAGUGAGGGAGCUGGAAGCGGAGGUUGACGCUGAGCAGAAGCGCAGCGCUAAAGCCGUGAAGGGCAUGCGCAAGUACGAGAGGAGGGUGAAGGAGCUGACCUACCAGUCUGAGGAAGAUCGGAAGAACAAUCUCAGGCUUCAGGAUCUGGUGGACAAGCUGCAAAUGAAGGUGAAAUCCUACAAGAGGCAAGCUGAGGAGGCUGAGGAGCUGUCCAAUGUCAACCUCUCCAAAUUCCGCAAGAUCCAGCACGAGCUGGAGGAAGCCGAGGAGCGGGCUGACAUUGCAGAGUCCCAGGUCAACAAGCUCCGUGUGAAAAGCCGGGAGUUUCAUGGCAAGAAGAUAGAAGAGGAGGAGUGAGGAUGUCAUGAGGCAGCGAAGUGACCUGGGGGAUGCACAAAAUGUGAACCUCUCCGUCGCUUUCUCCUGCAAUGAAUGUUUGUAACCAUGUCAAUGUCUAGAGAAUAAAGAUCAUAGGUUCCUUUGCAUACACAGCAGAA